CCGCUCAGCCCCGAGUCCUGCUCCCUGGUCCAGGCCUUCCUUGCUGAGUGUCCUGGGCGCCUGUUCCUGGGCCAUGCCCAAACGCAGCUGAAGACUGGGCUGCAGACCCAAGAGAGACACCUCUUUCUCUUCACAGACACUCUUCUUCUCGCCAAGGCCAAGUCCUCGACUCAUUUUAAGGUAAAGGCUCAAGUCCGAGUGUGUGAGAUGUGGACGGCUAACUGCAUGGAUGAAGUGUGUGAGGGGAGCACGGAUCCUGAGAGGAGCUUCGUGAUGGGCUGGCCCACCUGCAACUGCGUUGCCACAUUCAGCUCUGGAGAGCUCAAGGAUAAAUGGUUGGCACUCGUCAACAAUCGUAUAAAUGAUGGAAAAGAGAGGGACGACCCCAAGACCAUCCCUCUGAAGAUAUUCGCCAAGGAUAUUGGAAACUGUGCAUAUGUGCGCUUCCUUUUUAGUUUUGAUUCUUUUCAUAACAUCACCAGCAGUACAAUUAUUUUAUGUAACACCAUAUUUCCAUCAUGUUCCCACUAG